ACGUAAAGAGAGCAACAUGGCACCAGUACGGGCGGCACUCGUAGGAUUUUUUCUGAUUACCGUGGCCGGCAUGACUCGUGCCGAAGUGGAUCCAUCGGCUCCCCAGUCGGACGAUUCGAAGAUCGUCGGCGGUUCCAAGGCGGAAGAGCGAAUUCCGUACCAGAUCUCGCUCCAGGUUCUGAUGAGCACGUGGUUCGGGUUUGGUCCGCGUCGCUGGAUGCACAACUGUGGCGGUUCGAUCGUGAACGAGUUCUACAUCGUAACGGCGGCCCACUGUCUGGAUGGGAUGAACACGUCCCGGAUGUCCGUCGUGGCCGGAACGAACGAUCUGCGGAAUGACGGUGCAAAGGGAACGCGUUACUACAUCGCUUCUUAUCUCAUCCAUCCGGAUUACAUCGAGUUGAACCGGAGUGAUAUCGGGGUGAUGCGUACAACGCAGCGGAUACAGUUCACUGAUAAUGUGCAACCGAUCACGUACUCGUCGACGUUUGUCGGUGGCGGUGAGACCUGUCUGCUGACCGGUUGGGGCUACACGAUGCCGGUACGCAUUGGAUCCACGCCGGAGGAUCUGCAGGAGGCGGAACUGACGACGAUUACGAACGAUGAAUGUCGCGAAAAAGGGAUGCCCGUCAAUCCGACUGAGAUCUGCACGUUUACACGGAGGGGUCAAGGUGCUUGUGGGGGGGAUUCUGGUGGUCCGCUAGUGUGCAACAAGCAACUGUCCGGAGUGGUUUCCUACGGAACUCGGUUCUGUGGUAUCGGUGUACCGGACGUCUAUACGCGUGUGUCCGAGUUUGAUAGCUGGAUCCAGGAGAACACCAUGGUGAGCCAAGGAGAUGAAGGAGGAGCAGGCAACUAG